AUGGCACCCAAAACAAUCAUUGUCACCGGAGCCUCUAGAGGCAUUGGCCUUGCUGUGGCCAAGUAUCUCCUCACAGCACCCCAAUCCCACAAUGUGGUGGUGGUAGCCCGCAGUGUUGAACCCUUGCAAAAGCUCAAGGAGGAGUACAGCAGCCAAGUCGCUGUCCUGAACGGCGAUCUGGCCGACUUUUCCAUCGCCCAAAAGGCCGUUGACACGGCGAUCAAUAAUUUUGGCCAGCUUGACGGAAUGGUCCUCAACCACGGACUCCUCGGUCAGGUUGGGAAAAUUUCCGAUGCGGAUCCCCAGCAAUGGAAGGAGGGCUUUGAUAUCAACUUUAUCAGCCUGGUUGCUUUUGCCAAAGCAGCUCUGCCAGCUCUGCGUCAGUCUAAGGGCAAGAUUAUCUUCACAUCUUCGGGUGCGGCAGUCACCGGGUACCGUGGCUGGGCUCUGUACGCCGCCACCAAGGCCGCGAUGAACAACUUCGCAAUGAGCCUGGGGGCGGAGGAACCCGACGUCACCUCGGUGUCCAUCCGCCCUGGUAUGGUGGACACGGAAAUGCAGCGUGAGCUACGAGAGGACCAUGCUACGAACUUGGACGCAGAAAUGCACUCCAAGUUCACUGGAGUUCACAAGGAUGGCAAGCUGCUCAAGCCUGAGCAGCCCGGUCAUGUUAUGGCCAAGCUGGUUGUCGACGCCCCCAAGGAGCUCAGCGGUCACUUCUAUUCAUGGAACGACAAGGAACUCGAAGCUUUCCAGGCAUAA